AUGGCUUAUUGUUGGAACUUGUUGAAUGUUUUAGCUUUCUGGGGUCUGUCUCAGGGGCUGUCGUGCUAUUGUCUGGUGCGACACCAGUUGCCGGUUUUAUGGAUUAUGCCACUCGGUGGAGAACCAGGAAGGGGCAAUAUUACAGCGGAGGUUUUACCUGCUGUUCAGCUGGCGCUGCAUCAUUUGAGCGAACAGCCACCUCCUCUAGGCAACUAUGAGGUUCAGUUUCACCUCACAGACUCAAAGUGUAAUAAUGCCAAAGCACUCAAAGCAUUUUUAGACGCCACAUUCUACCGCCCUAAACCCCUCAUGGUCUUUGGAGGGGUGUGUCCAUCAGUUACAUCCACCAUAGCCCAGUCACUAGAGGCCUGGAACCUUGUGCAGUUGUCAUUUGCAGUAACGGCACCUUCACUGGCAAACAAAAGACGUUUUCCAAACUUCUUCCGUAUGGUUCCAUCAGACAGUGCAGUCAACUUGGCUCUGGUCAGGUUUCUUAAGCAAUAUGGAUGGAGCAGAGUUGGUACAUUGACACAAAAUGACCAGAAAUUCACAGAGGUACAGAAAGACCUCAGCGGACAUCUAGAGGUGGCAAACAUCCAGCUGGUGGCGGCAGAGAGCUUCUCUGAAGCCCCGUGUGAUGGUGUGCAAAAACUGAAGGAAAAUGAUGUGAGAAUAGUGAUCGCUUAUAUUGAUGUGAGCUUAUCUGCUGAAGUCCUGUGCUGUGUGUAUAAUCUCAGCAUGUAUGGUCUGAAGUACCAGUGGAUUCUACCGGACUGGACACAAGACAGCUGGUGGACCAUCAGUGGCAUCAACAACUGCCCUGCUAAUAACAUACUGACUGCAAUGGAGGGCUCCAUCAGUGCAGGUCUUCAGACCCUAAGCUCCAGACACAUCAGAGGGAUCUCUGGUAGGACACCUCAGGAGUACGAGAGGGAGUAUGACAAUAAACAGCAGUCGAUGCCUCUGCGCAAGCAAAUUUCAUGGCCUCUGGGCGCAAGCAAAUUUCAUGGCUUUGCAUAUGAGGGUACAUGGGUGAUUGCCAAAGUUUUGACAAGAGUCAUGGAGACAGUGAGGGACAGAGAAAGAUACAGCAUCCAUCGCAACUUCACUGUCACUGACCAAGAAAUGAGUGAAAUGAUUCUGGAGGCCAUUGAGAAGAUCAACUUCUUUGGUGUGACAGGACAAGUUAGGUUUCUGAGAGGUGAGAGAGUGGCCAAUGUGCUGUUCGCUCAGUAUCAAGAUGGAAAGGCUGUCAAAAUUGGAAAGUAUAGAACCAUGACAGAUGAACUAGAGAUCACCAGUCCAGUCCAAUUCCAAGGGGCCGAACCCACAAAAGACCGAACUCAUGUGUACCGGCAGAGAAAACGCAUCAGUAUAUUUCUGUACAGUAUCAUAACAUGUCUUACUGUCUUAGGCAUUCUGACAGCUUGUGGUCUCCUAGUGUUCAAUGUGAAAAACCGCAAUCACUGGUCCAUUAGCAUGUCAAGCCCUUUUUUGAACUCUUUGAUUGUUCUUGGUGCACUUUUGUCUUAUUUCUGUAUCUUCUUCCUGGGGCUGGAUGGGUCUUAUAUUUCUGAUCAAGCACUUGAAGCUUCUUGUUCUGUACAAAUAUGGCUCCUGUCUAUCGGAUGUACAGCAGCCUUUGGGACCAUGUUUGCAAAAACAUGGAGAAUUCAUGCUAUCUUUAAAACCGACAGAAUAGAGAAAAGGGUAAAGAUUGACCAUGGGCUGACUUUGUUAGUUCUAUUUCUUCUAUUGUUUGACCUGAGUUUGUUAAUUUGUCUGCAAAUUUUGGACCCUUUGAGGAGGAUAAAGGAGUAUCGAAUACAGCCUGACGCUCACGGACGAGAUUUCUCUAUUCAGCCCUUUUCAGAGCACUGUGAAAACACAUACAUGGGUUUCUGGAUAGCUGCAUUUUAUAGUUUUAAAGGGAUACUUCUGCUGAGUACCUGUUUCCUGGCCUGGACAACAUGCCAUGUGAACGCUCCUUCUGUAAAUGACAUCAGGGGCAUCCAAAUCAGUGUGUUUGUGUCGGGCCCAGUGAUUCUUAUUGGUACAUAUGCGCCCAUGCUGUUCCAGGAUCAGCCAAAUGUGCAAUUCUGCAUUAUUGCCCUUGUAAUCAUCACAUGCUGCUUGAGCACUCUGUGCAUGCUGUUUGUUCCAAAGAUUCUCAUCAUUGGGAUCGGUCCUACGUCCUUUUCUAGAAGACACUUCACCCAGUGGGACAGGGAGAUUGAACCAGAAAGAGAAGAGCAUUGUAAAGAGGAAGACUGUAUGAAGCAGAGGAACUCUGGAGCAUGUAACCCUCGAUAUUGUGCUGUCAGAUAACCUGCUCUCCGGCGCGUUACUAAACUGGAUUCAGAGCUGGAGUAUUUGACCAGGCGACUGAAUGAAUCAAUGCCUAACCUUCUAGAGAAUCCUGUCGUCAGAAUUUCUGCGCACAAAGCAGGCAAGAACAAAUGUCUAACUCUCCCUGAAAGAUCCAGCUUCAGCAGGAGCCUGCUAGAGGACAUCAACUCGCCUGAGCACAUUCAGCGCAGACUCUCUCUGCAGUUGCCCAUUCUGCAUCAUGCCUACUUGCCCUCUAUUGGAGGAGUGGACUCCAGUCCAGUGGAUAGCUCCCAUGACUUCCAUAAGCAAAAUUUGAUGCCUAAAACAGGAGAACUUUUGUUGCCAAAGCCAUAAGUUACUCAAGUACUGCAUACUCAAAAUAAACUUUGACUUUUGAGAUUCAAAAUGAGCAAGAAGCGACUGGCAUUAGCACAGCAACACUGCAAAAGAUGACAUUCUUCCUAAGCAUUUUCUCUUGUUUUCUGUAAAAAUAUUUAAAACUUCUUAAAUUACGAUACAUUUACAUAACAAGAAAAGUGACCCAAGAUAUUUAGUCUUGUUUUAUGAAAGAAAAAUAUAGGUAAGUUUAUGCUUAAAACAAAAUUGUACAUUAAAUCUACAGUAAAUUACUGGCAAACCUGCUGCGAAAUUACAGCAAAUUUUUACAGUGUGGUAAUAAUCUCAAACUUUCAACAACACACUAGCUGUUCAUCAUCAACUACAUCCAUGUUUUGCUCACCUGAGAAACAUUUUGAAAGCUAGAAAAUGUCAUUUGUUUUCCUGUGGUGUCAUGUGUUCUGUUCAAUGGCUGACACACUGUGGUUGCACGAGAUCCGUCAGAAGUGAACCGUCAGUCCUUCCCAUGAAGUUCUUGCACAGGCAAAGUAAUGUCCAUCAAAGAACAGCAACAUAAUCCAAACAAUGGCUGGCGUUAGACAAGUUACAGUACGGUUUGAACAUUCCUGGCUUUGAAUAUAAAACAUGAGUGCAGAGGAAAACAGAGCAGGAAUCACUACGUAUGCUAAAGAGAACGUCAAAUUUGUCUGUGGAUUGCAAGGGCAUGCAAAUUCCAUCUCCAGUAUUUUUUCAAGACCCAGCAACAAAACGCUAAUGAUUAUAUUCGAAUAAACGCCCUUCUUCGCCCAAUGUACCCAGUGAGCUGUGCAGUCCGUCAUGCUUAUCGUUUGUGUUGAUGAGACAGAAAAGUGUUGGGACUAAAACUGAAAGUGCUUGCUGAAUGACUUUUGUACAGUAAUGCACUACCUACAGACACAUUUUGGAUUUUAAAGCUAAUCUUUCUGUGCUCCAUCUCAGAUUUGUUUGCACUAAUUUGUUCCUAUGUCACUGACAGACCUGUUUCUUUAAAAGUCACUCUUCUGUGGAUGGGAUGGUCUUGGUUGAGACUGCUCACCAUGUAUUUAUACAUAAAAUUUUACAUUUUGUAUUGACAUACUUUUUUUAUUGCACUUUUUUCUAAACUUUGGUUAUGAGAGGAAGAGCUAAAUGCUCUCAUGCAAUUUCAGCCAGUAAUUUAGGUUUCUGGUUCUGUAACCAAAGCACAAAAUCUGUGCAUUUCCCCCCUGGUUUCCAUAAUUCAUUCAUAUGUCAUUUUAAGUUUGUUGACUAAUACUUUCAGAUCAAAAUAUUAAAUUAAUGUAACAGGAAGUAAAUGUUCUGUGCAAAUAACAGCAUGUACUUUCAGAAUUUAUGUACGCACUGCUUCAUGAGAAAGUAGCUCUCUUUUUUACAAAUAAUGAUGAACACUAGCAUCAUUUAGUUGGUUAUAAUCACCAUCUUACUGUCUCGCCUCAUGUUACCCUCCAUUUUAGAGAAAAAUCUAAUCAGGAGCAGUGUGCAGUCCCAGUUUCUAAGUGAAAUGUGUGGACAUUUUAACCAUUUUACGAUAGUGGACAGCUAGAAUUAUUUUCAUAUUUGAAAUGUAUUGCAUGUCUGUUCCUGAGUGCUGUUAAUGUUUGCUUUCUAUUUGUCAGUCGACCAAAACACACUGAUCAGUGGAU